GCUUGUUUCAACAUUAUCUGUCUAAUAAUAUAUCUGAUUAUAUAUCUGAUCAUCAUAUGUGAAGUUUUAAAGCCAAAAGCAUUAAACUAACCUCCCUGAGUGUGUAGGAAAUUCAAAGCUGACAAAAAGCACACAGACAUCAGAGCCUCCAUUCUUCAGCGAUCAGACCUUGACUUUCUCACGGCUAGAUGCUGCAGCAUCUCUGAUCCCAUUUCCCGGGAUGGACCUCAAUUAAAACAGCAGCCGGGCCUGAAUGAGGGAAGCAGACAAAGAAAAGAACAUCAAAGCCCUUUCAUGGAGUGCAGAGUCUUAACCUCUGAUCUCAGGGAGGGAUUACUGUAAUUGGACGGCAGGGAUAGACACCUACGUCGGAGAAUCAGGAAGCGAAGAGCAUAGAGGAACGCACCCCCUCCGGAAACCACGAGCCACGAUGGGCUGCAACAUGUGUGUGGUGAACAGGCCAGAGGAACAGUACAGGAUCAUGUUUCAGAAGGGAAACACUUUGCGUCCCAUUGAUGCAGAAGUAAAGCUCAAAGGUAGAAGAACAUCUCACCUGUCUCAGGAUAAAGAUGGGCAACCUCAUGACCCUCUCCUGCUUCAGGUGGUACAUAAGGGUCACAGGAGGAGAUUGGGUGCAGCUGCUGGCACGGCUCGGCUCAUGGAGAUCACAGACUGUGUGGACAACGGCACCCAGACCGACAUCAGCUUCCAGAACUUCCUGAAUGGGGACAGAGGGUCUUACCCGAGCAGUGGAUCACCUAUGCCCCCACCCUCCCCUCCCCUCGCACAGCUGGUGGAGCCAUACCUGCUGAAUGACCUUGGUUCUCUGGGGCAAGAAUAUAGUGAUCCAAAUGACUACUUCAAUGUUGCCAACCAUGAGGUGGAUCAACAAGAGGAACUAGAAUAUGAGGAGGUGGAGCUGUAUAAGUCGAGUCAGCAGGAUAAACUGGGGCUAACAGUCUGUUACCGGACAGACGAUGAGGAAGACCAAGGCAUCUACGUUGGGGAAGUGAAUCCAAACAGCAUAGCAGCAAAAGAUGGAAGAAUCAGGAAGGGGGACAGGAUAUUACAGAUAAAUGGGAUGGAAGUGCAGAACCGAGAGAGAACGGACACUCAUUUGGACCCAGAGGAGAUUGACUGUGAGUUACCUGAAGGGAUGAGUGUGGACAGCCUUAAUACUUCCCAUCUGCCCGGCCUUUACCAUUUCCGCCAACAGAGACCCCAAGCAGGCAUUCCUGAGGAAACCCUACAUCAAGAGACACCCAUGCUCAGCUUAGCAACUCUCAGCAACAGUCAAGAGCUUGACAGUGGUGUGGGCCGAACAGAUGAGAGCACAAAGAAUGAAGAAUCCUCCGAGCAUGACAUCCUUCUGGGCGAUGAGCAGACCAGCACCUCCAACACAAAUGCCACUAACACACCUGGCAGCUUGCGCAAGUUUAGACCCGGCAGGAACGGUGGAGGAGGGAACGACACGCCAUCGCCACUGUUCCCUCUCCGAGAGCUUCACCUUAGCACAGACUCACUGGACUGUGGAAGCGUGGGUGGUGGUUACCUUCACGAUCCCGUCAGUGGGAUGAUAAUGCCGGGCCUGACAGAAGAGGAAUGCGAGAGGUACAGGCAGCUUCUGGAAAUCAAGUGUCGCUAUGAGAAGAGGAUGAAGAAAGUGCAGCAGGUUCAAGAAGAGGAGCAGAAAGAAGGAGAGACACAAGAGGACGCUGAGAAUAGGGAGGAGACUCUGGAUGAGAACAGUAACGAGAACCUGACUCCACAUGAGAUGGCGCUCCUGGAAGAGGAAAUGAGGCACCUUGAGUUUAAGUGCCGGAACAUUCUACGAGCACAGAAGAUGCAGCAGUUAAGAGAACGCUGUUUAAAAGCCUGGCUGAUGGAGGAAGAAACAUCAGGCCGGGCGUCUGCAGAACCUCAGGGGUCUCCAUUGCACGAGCUGUCUGACAUCAAUGAACUUCCAGAGAAGGAACGUUCGGACAAGGACAAGGACAGCACCAGCGCUUAUAACACCGGGGGAGAGAGCUGCAGGAGCACACCUAUGGUGAGUGAGCAUCGACUUCCAGUUUCUCAAAUCGAUGAGUCCACAAGUCCUCUGCCAAGCAGACACAGGGACCGACCAACCUGGAGUGAAAGAGGACGAGCAAGCCUCAACAGUUCAUAUUCACCAAGCAGCUACAAGAAGUUUCAGACUAACAACCCUAUGAACCAGAAAUUCUGCUCACUCACAAGAGAAGGAACCGUCCGUCGCAUGCCUGAAGGAGUGACACAGGGUGUAAAUUCUAGGGUGAGUGGCCAUAACAGGAAUGGAGGUCGUAGCGCGGAGUCAAGUCCUUACUUCACUCGUCGCCGUCAUUCCAACUGUUUCACUCCAGAACGAUACCAGAGUUGCAUGCAUCUGGGAUCCUCACUUUCUGAGAGUUCUGGACCCUUGGAUAGAGCUGUGGAAGGAGAAAGUGAGGCACCAGUGGGCGGCAGUGACCGUGAGGGCCAUGGGAAUAGCACCUUUGGGUCGUUGCCUCACCCCAGCCCAGUGAAGCUUUCUCUGGCCUUACCUUUGCCACUUCCCCCUGCAUCACCACGCAUGGAGUGGAAGGUGAAGAUAAGAAGCGAUGGGACCCGCUAUGUGGCCAAACGUCCUGUCCGAGACCGGCUCUUGAAAGCCCGAGCUAUGAAGAUCCGUGAGGAGCGUAGCGGAAUGACGACUGAUGACGAUGCAGUGAGCGAAAUGAAGAUGGGUCGCUACUGGAGCAAAGAAGAGCGUAAGCAACAUCUGCUGAGGGCCCGCGAGCAGCGCAGACGCCGAGAGUUUAUGAUGCAAAGUCGCUUGGAAUAUAUGCGAGAACACGGUCUGGAUAUGGGCAAGGAGAGCCAGUCGGAGUCCGGCCAGAACCCAGCCUCAAUCCUGGAGCUCAGUCAGAAAAAGAGCUCCAAGAAACGCAACCGACGCAUACUGGACAACUGGAUCACCAUCCAAGAGCUACUUGCACAUGGCUCUCGCUCUCCAGACGGGACGAAGGUGUAUAAUCCUCUUCUGUCUGUUACCACAGUCUGAAAGGAUGGUGAGGAAGGACAACAGGAAGAGAAUCUAUUUUACCGAAUUAUCAAAUACUUUCUUGAACAGUUCUCAACAGUUUCAAGGGUCAUCUGUCUACAUUACUAAUAUGGCUGAGCAACGUCUAGCAACUACCGCUCAUUAAUUUCAACAAAUAAUUUUGUAACGAGUACUUAGAGUUAAAAUAUCUUAAAGUCC